AUGUAUCCCCCAAUCGAAGAACUGAUUGACCAUGUUUGGUCGCCCCCACGAGGUGUCAAGCGACAACACAAAAGCAGGCACCAUCCUGACAACCUCCAAUACUAUUGUCAAUGGGGAUACACGAUCUGCCGCACGUACUAUGGCCCUGAAUCCGAUAGGUAUUGGAAUGUCCUUUUGAAUUCCCUGAUGCAGCAAACCAGGCUAGCAUUUGGAUGCUUUGAGGAUCAAGAUGAUGUCGAUCAGAGAGACGUCCAGCUACUCAAGGAUCUUUUCCACCUUGAUACACGCGAGGAUGCGUCACUGCUGGAUGGACUCGAUGUCAGAGGCGUCAGAGAACUGUUCCAGCGCGAGGGUCUUGAAGGCAAACGUGCCAUGGCCGAUCGCCUCUGGAACUUUAUUCUGGUCGCUGAUGAGUCUGUCCUGAAUGAUGUGGCAAGCGGGGAAUCCAUCGUCAAGGCGGUGUCUUUGGGAUGGUAUGAGGGAUUUUUGGGGUGGGGUUGGAUGAGGAUACCGACAAGCUAUCUUUUAGAUCUAUGGAUAUUUCUCAGCAGGAGUGGAAAUACCAAGUCAGCUCUUGGCUUCAUGGGGCCCGAGAAAGAUCUGGAUACUUAUGUGUGGCCUGGGGAUUGUAUCUCUCGAAGCCACAGGAUGUUUUUCCGAAGUUCGUCCAUUGCUUUUUCACUACACAGGACAAAGAUGGAAUGGUGGAUUCUAGGGAAAAUACAAAGAUUCUAG